GCAAGAUCACGAUCCCUUCCCCCGGUUCCAGUGCCAAAUGAAGGUGGCGGCACAUGAUGGGAACGUAACGUAACGUGUGGCCUCCGGUCCCCCCAAAGUCAAAAGCGCGAGAACGAACGCCAAGGCAUCGUCGACCUUCCUCGAUCCCGACGAGCCGAGUGAGGAGUCAUUGCGAACAGCGAUCAUGGCGACUUCCUCCUCCUCUCCUGUUACAUCUCCCCGCUGAACCAAGUGUUCUUUUCUGUGCGACUCUCGGAUUUGAUCCGACUCCCUCGCUCGCUCGCUCGCUCAUCGAAUCCUCCACGCCACCUGAUCGGGAAAAUCUUCCGUUGAUCGGGAACGUCACGCGUGGUUCAGUUUGUUAGAGAGAGAGAGAGAGAGCACGCGUAUUGCAGUGAGCCGCUUGCAUUGGCGGCCAUCCGCGAGUUGCUUCGCUCUUCCUGGCCUUUGCUUGCCUUCAUCGACUGACAUCGGCUGCCGCUUUUUUGCUCUUUCGCCACCGUCGAAAUGGCGAGUAUAUCCAUCCUGGUUUGAGGACGGAACCGAGCCUCCUUCAGUGAAGAUUGCUGCUCUGGUUUCAGGUAGGGAUGCAUGCAGUCUUCUUGCAACAUCGAAAAUAGCCGUAAGAUGAGGUAUAUGUCCAGAAUUAAAUGGGCUGCACUUGGAGGACUUCUCUUAUCUUGCGUGUCAUUGCUAGUCCACUUGCUUUUGGCCAAGUAUUCAAGUGUGGAUCUAGUGCAGUACAGUGCUGUCACAGGUUUUGUGGAUGAUCUUACCAUAAAUGCUGGAUGGCAGGGAGCUGCGCAUAGAAGAUUAUGGGGAAAUGUGAAGUCUCUUGAGUCUCUCUAUCCUUAUGCCAAUCCUAGAAGUAGACAUCCUGCAGCUCCUGCUGAGAAGAAUAAUGGUUUCAUCUACGCCAAAGUUUACGGUGGAUUUGAGAAGAUAAGAACUUCGAUUUGUGAUUUGGUCGCAGUAUCCAGGCUGUUAAAUGCUACCCUUGUAAUUCCAGAGAUCCAAGACAGUACUCGUGCGAAAGGCAUCAGUUUCAAGUUUCGGAGCUUUUCCUACAUAUACAAUGAAGAUCAGUUCAUAACAGCUCUCAAUAAUGAUAUAGUGGUUGUGAAGAGCCUUCCUCCACAUAUGAAGGUGGCUAUGAAAAAGAAACAGUACCCUGUCAUUAAGCCCAAAGCUACAUCUUCUCCAAGAUUUUAUGCUAAUGAAGUCUUGCCGAAGUUAAAGAAAGCAACGGUCAUUGUGUUAGUGCUUACUGAGGGAGGCUGCCUACAGCCUGUCCUCCCUCCUGAUCUGGACGAGUAUCAGAGACUGAGGUGUAGAGUUUCCUUUCACGCCCUUCAGUUUCGUCCAGAAGUUCUGUCUCUUGGGCGCCGCAUGGUGGAAAAGUUACGAGCUGCGGGGCAGCCUUACCUCGCAUAUCAUCCUGGCCUUGUCAGAGAUUUUUUAGCAUAUCAUGGAUGUGCUGAGCUAUUUCAGGACGUUCACACAGAGCUUAUACAGUAUCGAAGAGCUCAAAUGAUUAAACAGGGGAUGAUCACUGACCAAUUAAAUGUGGAUUCACAUGCUCGCAAAGCAAAUGGUUCAUGUCCAUUGAUGCCUGAGGAGGUAGGACUGCUCCUUCGGGCAAUGGGCUAUCCUCCAAAAACGAGAAUAUAUUUGGCUGGUUCGGAGACAUUUGGUGGACAAAGGGUUUUGGUUCCUCUACGUGCCAUGUAUGCAAAUCUAGCGGAUCGAACGUCUUUGUGCAGCAAGCAAGACUUAAGUGCCCUAGUUGGGCCAGAAACACAGCUCCCUCUGGAUGUGUUCCAGCCACGUCCUGUUAAGAGUGUUCAGGAACUGAAGGAAGAGUGGGAUAAGGCAGGACCCCGUCCCCGGCCUCUUCCUCCACCUCCUGAUCGGCCUGUCUAUCGGCAUGAAAAGGAAGGCUGGUAUGGUUGGAUUACAGAGAAGCAUACAGAGCCAGACCCUUCACCAAUUGAUUUGAGGAGGCAAGCCCACAGGUUAUUGUGGGCUGCUCUUGAUUAUAUUGUCUCUGUUGAGGCGGAUGCAUUUAUUCCAGGUUUUAAUAAUGACGGAAGUGGUUGGCCAGAUUUUGCAAGCUUGGUCAUGGGACACCGACUCUACGAAAUGGCUUCUGCCAGAACAUAUCGACCUGACAGAAAAUAUCUGGUCAAACUCUUUGCCAAUGUGUCCGAUAAUGUUUACCAUCCGAAGCGUAACUGGACGCUCCUAGUGAGAGAGCAUCUCAAUGCAAGCCUCGGGGAGGUGGGCCUGCUGAGGGAAUCCCGCUUGUCCAAGAGAACAUCAUUUCUCUCACACCCGAUUCCCGAGUGCUCAUGUCGAAAUUUCAGAUCAUCACAGACAUUGGACGCGGGUGAGAGCAGCAGCGCGAGCCAAUUUUUGUACAGUGGCGAAGUUGAGUGCCCCAAGUGGAUGCAGCACAGUGCCGUGGCUAAUAGACCGGAGAAUGGUGGAAAUGAGAAUGAAUCUCAAGAGGAUGAUGUGGAUAUGGAGAGUCAGUUAGAUUCUGAUGAAGACAGUGGUAUGGCCGAGUCGUCUCUGACCCUAGAGCAAGACGAGGAAAUGGAUCCCAAUGAUUAGGAUACAUGUACAGGUUACGGUUCAUUUUUUGCUUUUUUUUAACACCGGUUACGAGACAUUUUUUUUGCCUUGACCACAAUCCUCCUACAAUAUAGGAAAUUCUUUUUAGGAGAGGACCAUUUUACGGGAGCGACGAGUUUUUGUAUACCCUGGAAGAGCCAUUCUUUUGCUUACAUCAAACGAUUCUGGAUUUUUGAAUACCAUAACCAUCUUGGUACGUACUGUAAA